AUGGAUCGAUUCAAUUCUCUAAUAGCUGUGUUGUCACUAUUGUUGAGUGUUUGUGUCUUUCCCUUCUUCGCAUCAGCACAACUGAGACAGAACUACUACGCCAAUGUCUGCCCAAACGUCGAAACCAUUGUUAGAAAUGCCGUAGCCCAAAAAAUUCAGCAAACGUUUGUUACAGUUCCUGCAACUAUCCGUCUCUUCUUCCACGACUGCUUUGUCCAGGGUUGUGACGCUUCGGUUAUAAUUGCAUCUUCUGGAACAAACACAGCUGAGAAGGACCACCCAGACAAUCUGUCACUGGCCGGAGAUGGAUUUGACACCGUGAUCAAAGCUAAAGCAGCGGUUGAUGCAAAUCCGAGUUGCCGGAAUAAGGUCUCCUGUGCUGAUAUUCUUGCCAUGGCCACCAGAGAUGUCAUUGCAAUGUCUGGUGGACCAUCAUAUGCUGUGGAAUUGGGAAGACUGGAUGGCUUGAGCUCAACAGCAUCAAGUGUUAAUGGGAAGCUGCCUCAAGCAACCUUCAAUUUGGACCAGCUCAAUGCCUUGUUCGGUGCCAAUGGCCUAACUCAGACGGACAUGAUUGCUCUUUCAGCUGCCCACACCGUUGGAUUCUCUCACUGCGACAAGUUUUCAAACAGGAUAUACAAUUUCAGCCGUCAAAACCCAGUGGACCCUACGCUGAACCGGGACUACGCUGCCCAGUUGCAAACAAUGUGCCCCACAAAUGUGGACCCAAGGACCGCCGUCGGCUUCGAUCCAAACACUCCUAAUACAUUUGAUAACGUGUACUUCCAGAAUCUCCAGCAAGGCAAAGGUUUACUCACCUCGGAUCAAGUCCUCUUCACCGACCCGAGGUCCAAGUCCACAGUAGAUACCUGGGCUGGAAACUCCCCGGCCUUCCUGGCAGCAUUUGUCCGAGCCAUUACCAAAAUGGGUCGGAUCGGAAUUAAGACGGGAGGAAAUGGGAAUAUUCGACAAGAUUGUGGGCUGUUGCCAGAUAUCAGAAAAUCUGAUUUGGAGACAGCAAUAGCUUACCAAAUGCAAUCAGCAAACUUCGGCAGGAAAUCUGAAAUCAAAAGUGACCUCAGCUCUGGUCCAAAUAAAGCUUACGAGUGGCAGGAAGAUGUUAAGCAAAACAGCUCAAUGACCUAGAAACCUCGAUAUUAGUACCCUUUAAUCUUAUUUUUGUCAAUUUCAGGACCAUUAGGCAGUCAGAGUGUCACACAGUGAAGCUAGAAAAAACAAACAAAUAACCCACAACAUAUACGAAAAAAAAGCUAGCAUCAAUUAUCACAUAACUGGCUAUUUGGGUGAAAAUUAUCAAGUUUCAGUCGCUGAUUCAGGAGGACAUAGUCAUAUUAAAUCGCACUGCAGGAGAAGGGGAAGACAGAUAUCUUCACGUUUGGAAUUGCAAAUUCCAAGGAGUGCAUCCACAUCAAUUGAAAGAUGACAUCGAAUAGCGAGUGAAACUCCAUGAAUGGGCAAAAAGGGUGUUGAGGAAACCUUAGUCAAGAGGUUUCUCUUUGAAGAAUUGCUGUUCUUCGCUCAGGAGGAGCACAUUUUAUUCUUGCUUCCUGCCAUUCAAACCAUUGCCUAACACACCAAAAUGAUAACAAAUUGUUAUAAUGUAACCACACAUUAAUGGUACAAUAUGUCUAUUAAUUUGAACUACAAUUUUCA